CGAUAUCAUACUAAUUCUCCUUCCUCCGUCCUUUCACGAUUAAAAACUUCAACCAAAAAACCCUCUCUCUUAGUCUUCUUUCUCUUCUCCGUCCGGUGGCCGCCGUCUCUCUCUCUCUCUCUCUCUCUCUCUAACUUCCUCUCUUUAGUACUCACCAAUGGCGGAUCAGCUAACCGAUGACCAGAUCUCUGAGUUCAAGGAGGCCUUCAGCUUGUUUGACAAGGACGGCGACGGUUGUAUCACAACCAAGGAGCUUGGUACUGUUAUGAGGUCGUUAGGUCAGAAUCCAACAGAGGCGGAGCUUCAGGACAUGAUCAAUGAGGUGGAUGCUGAUGGAAAUGGAACAAUCGACUUUCCAGAGUUCCUAAACCUCAUGGCGAGGAAGAUGAAGGAUACGGACUCAGAGGAAGAGUUGAAAGAGGCGUUCCGUGUGUUCGAUAAGGAUCAGAAUGGAUUCAUCUCCGCUGCUGAGCUCCGCCAUGUGAUGACAAAUCUUGGCGAGAAACUGACAGAGGAGGAGGUGGAUGAGAUGAUCAGAGAAGCUGAUGUGGAUGGCGAUGGGCAGAUUAACUACGAUGAAUUUGUGAAGGUCAUGAUGGCCAAGUGAGCUUCAUCAUCCUCCUCCUUCUACUAUCUCAUCAAGAGCACUCAAUCAUAAUAAUCUUAACUCAAAAUCCAAAAAAGAAAAAAGAAAAAAGAAAAAAAAAAUAGGGAUGAUUGCUGACUUUAUUAUAUAAUUGGAUCAUCCAGUUCGUGGGUUAGUCCUUUGAUUGCUAUCAUCCAUCAACCUUGAGUUUAAAUCAAAAUCGAAGUUAGGGAAAUUAGUUGUUUGCUGUGUUUGUGACCCUUUGAAUUUGAAUAUGUAUUGUCAUCAUCGUUAUCAAUCAUGUGAUAAAAGAAAAAGUGUCUUUGCUGUUCCUCUUUUUGCCUUUUCCCCCCCUGUUUUUUCUUGUCUCCUUGCCAAAGUCAGUGCUUUAAAGAGGAUUCAAAUAUGGUUGGAAGUGUUUUUUUCUA